CAACACCUUUGUGUUCUACAGUCAGACAUCUCUGGUUACAAGUCGGCGUUAGAUGCAGAUUAUGCACGUUACAACUUGGAUUUGACCACGAUACCUGAUAACCGCGGAUGGGGAUGACUCUGUAUUUCUGUCUCAUAGUUAUAGUGACUGUGCUCUGCACUUCUGAAAGCGAUGCUGUCCAUCAGCUUGGUGGAGAAUAUGCGAGCCACAAUCCGGACUGGCAGCAUUCGUUUGGGGCUACGCGGGACUCUCACACCACAAAUGCCACGGAUGUAACUUACGAUCUCUUCUCGUGUGCUGUGACUGUAAUCUUCUAUGGGAGGAACCUCGUUCCGGUUAAGAGAAUUGGGAGUGGAGAUGUCAAUGCCACUGGAAUGCCAAUAGUGACAACAGGCAGUCUGAGCCUGGGACUCCUCUUGUGGGCCUCCUUCAACAUGCUUAUAGGCUGGGCCAGCACCAGGUGUGUCUGUGUGUACCAGCCCGUCUGCCCACUUAGAUACUGUCUUGCCCACUGCCUGGCUGUCCGUCUGUAAAGGUAAACCGUUGUCUCUCCAACCCCCACACACACACAAACACACACACUGAAAUAUAAGGCCCUGAAAGAGAUUGGAAGAAAUGUUGCAUAUGAGGGGCUUUAUGCUUUCAUUCUGGCUAAAUGUCAGACAUUGUUGUCCUCAUCAAAGAGGCCCUGUAUCAAAAAUGUGUUUAACAGGACUGCUGAUCAAAUUGCAGUGAUGUCAACGACCUGUUCUGUCAGAUUAGUAAAUGUAGCCUGCUCUUUUUGUUCCAUGAAAGGCUGCUAAAACACCGAAGACAUUUUGCCAGUGUCAAUGGAGACGGGAGCUUCCUUCAGCAGGCUAGGCUCUAUUCCUGAUUAGUAACAUAGAUUCUCCCACUAGCAAAAUUAGAUGUUGAUGUGUUAAGGAACAGCAGGCUUUUCAUGUCAUGAUAUAUCUAGAUUCUUCAGUCUAGCAUAAUUAGAGUGGUUUAUGUUUCCCCAAUUACAAGAGGGAUGUAAAAUAUCUUAAAUAUUCUGAAUGCAAUAUUUAUUCAAUUUGUAAAUUGUUUCCUCAGUUAAAUUAUAUGUGGAAUGGUUGUUCUAUUUUUCCACAUUAUGACACAAAUAAUUACUGCUUCGUUAAAGUUAUAGGUGACCAACUUUUUUUUUUUCAAAUGAGGGAACCCCCCAAUGGUGAAUGUUAUGCUCUUUGUAUGUUCUUUUCAAAAAAUAAGGUUCCACUGAACUGAUGUGUAGAUUCCAAUUUCACAAAUAUGUUUUCUCCAAUGUAUUGAAGCUAAGAUUUAAAUAAAGUAAUUAUGUUUUAAAUGUUUGUGUGUUCUUAUGUCCUCAUGGUAAAUCAGAUACACCUCAGUCACUUGUCUGGUGAGGUUGGAUUACAAGGCAAGGAAAGCAGAAAAUAUUUUUAAAUUACAGAUCAACAUUUUCUACCAUUCUUCCAUGAUUAAGUAAAACAAAUAAAAAAACAAAGAUUAAGUAAAAAAUAAACAACAAACUUUGCAUUGGGUGUCACUGCAAUGUCAUGUUUCACUAUU